UGCAUACUCGGCCCUAGGUGCCGCUGCACUCCGUGCCACCUCAGUUGAGUGCCUCUCGGCUCCAUAUAGACCACGGUGCUUCAUGGGCUUUAUCGCUCUAUCGGUCCUGUGAAGGAGAGAAAGAGAGAUAGAGAGAGAGAGAGAGGGGAAAGCCUCCCUUGUCACCCACUCUUCAAAACGGCUAGCCGCCCCGCCCCCCCUACCCAAUGUACUCCCCUCGAUUUCACUCCCCCCCCUCCUCCAGAUAUCAAUCAAAGCCUCAUAGAUAUUGGUCAAGCCUUCAAUACCGCCUCAUUUUGUGCCUCGGUAUCUCCGCGAGAUUCGCGUCGGAUUAGAGAAAGAGAGAGAGAGAGAGGGAGCGGGAGAGAGAGAGAGAGAGAAAGAGAGGGUUCCGUCAGCGGGGAAGUUUGGUGUUUUUCGGCCGCCCGUUAGUGCCGCACGUAGUCAAGCCCGUCCGCGAGUGAGACGGGAGACGGGUCAUAGUGGUGACAUUUUUAUCUGACAGUUUGAAAAUCCUGGAAAGGAAAUCUGGAAAAUCCUGGAAAAAUGAAACUAUUCGCCGAUAAAUUCUUAGAAGUGCUAAAUAUUUAACAAAACGGUAAAGUCAAUAAAAAAUAGUGAUGAUUGAUAACUGAAAACAAAGAUUAAAAUUAAAAUUAAAAAUCUAACUUCAAUAAUUCUCAUUGUGACGAAAUUUUCUCAUUUACCAAAAACUCCUCGACGGCGGCAGAAUUGAAAAGCCGAAAUCUGCUUUACUGUGGCCGACGAUUAGACGGGUGACCGACCGACUCUCCGGUUUGAAUAUUUUUUGCGAGAAGAGGACACACAACCGGACUGCCAAAACCGAUGGGGCCAAUCAAAAGCGAGAAGACCGUGGACAUGUUACCGAGUUUGCCUUAUCCGGAUCCUGCCUUAGCGGCCAUGGGUACGUAAUCAGCUUGCACUGUUGCCAACUCUUGUCCUGAAGGAGAAGAUUGGCAACACUUGUGUUAAAUAAGAUGUGAGGUGUAGCUACAUUUCGAUCCCCAAAUUCAGCAGUACGGAGAGGUGAACCAACUGGGCGGAGUCUUCGUCAAUGGCCGGCCCCUCCCGAAUCACAUACGCAUGCGCAUAGUCGAGCUGGCGCAGCUGGGGAUACGCCCUUGUGACAUAUCUCGACAGCUACGAGUAUCACACGGCUGCGUGUCCAAAAUUUUGGCCAGGUACAACGAGACAGGCUCCAUCCUCCCAGGGGCCAUAGGGGGUUCCAAGCCCAGGGUGACCACCCCAAAAGUGGUGAAUUACAUCAAGGACCUCAAACAGAAGGACCCGGGCAUCUUCGCUUGGGAGAUCAGGGAGAGGCUGCUGAAGGACGGUGUUUGCGACAAAUAUAACGUCCCAAGUGUGUCCUCCAUAUCAAGGAUACUACGCAACAAGAUCGGCUCUCUGCCCCAUUUGGGAGGCCAGAGCCACUACGAGAUGAAGCACUCGUCCAUCUACAGUACCCUGUACCCAGCGGCGGCCGCCUACACUGCCGCCGCCUAUUCCAUGGCCCCACACCCUCCUUCGGCCAUGCAACAAGGCCCCCAGGUCCCCGCUCCCCCUCCCCCGGGGCCUCCGGGGGGCACCGUCACGCCAGGAAGUACCACCGCAGUUCCGACGGGGAAGAGUACCAAUACCCCGUCUCCGCCCGUGUCGGGGUCGACCUGCGGCGCCAUGGGCGGCAUGAGGUCUCACUGGCCCUCUUCGCACUCGGUGUCUGACCUCCUGGGGCACGUCAACAUGGCCGCCGCCGCGGGGCUGACCCGUCAUCACCACCAUCACCACAUGCAGGACGCCAACAACUACAACUACUACAUGUACUUGCACUCGGGCACUCAGCAGAACAACCCGUUGGCCCACAAUACCCUCCCGAACCACCUCUCGUCCUCCUUCGCCAACGGCUUCUCCAACCCGCUGGGGAACCCGCUCUCGAACGGCCUCUCCAACGGCAUUCCUACAGGACUCAGCAACGGGCUGCAAAACACCUUCCCAACCCCACUGACCUCCAUGAUGGGCGGGUCGAGCCUCACGCCCCAGACUGCAACGCUUUAAAACUCCAGUUCCACGGAGGUCAUCCGUGACUUUCACCACGCCACGUCGCUUCUCUUCUCCUUCCACGCUGCGUACGAGAGAUUCACUUCAACGUGGAACUUUGCAAACUUUUCCCUCUUCUCUCUGAUCACGAACACUUUUACGCCUUAUUUUGCAGUCCUGUGGCGCUCACGAACGCACGCAAUCGAGCACAAAUAGACUUGAUUUUUAUCGAAAACUUUUUAUUACGAAAUACCCUUCAUAGAAAAGAAAAAACAGUUUUAUCUUGAAUCACACUGUGUUCUCGAAUUCUUUGUGGAAGUGCCUAUGUGAAAAAUAAAACUAUGUGCCUCUCAACUGUGCCUUAACUGUGUGAUAACCAGAGGGUAAUAUUAAGAAGAUAUAUAUAUAUAUAUAUAUAUAUAUA